AUGAUGAAAAUACAGCGAAAUGACGUUGACGACUUGAUGUUCAAUGGGCUGGGCACACCCGAGCUGUGGCACAACUUGAGCGAGGAGCUACAAGGCGUCAAGGUCCUCGAGCAUCCCCGCGUGCAGAAGAAGGUCUUGGUCAAGGCCAUUCGGAUGCAAACGAUGGCGCUGCGGUGCAUGGCCGGCGAAUUCGACCAGCUUCGCGACCGACUCGAAGCCGUCGAAAAGGAAGCGAUUCACGGCCAGAAACAGCUCGAGAAGGUCAACACCAAGGUGCUGGCGCUCGAGGCGGCGCUGGACGGAGCCAAGAAGCGCGUGGUUGAGUUGGAGGCUGACAUUGCCAAGGAGGCAAAGCGCAUCGAUGCAGUCGAGCACGUCGACGGUCAGCUCAAGGCAAGUUACGCUGACAAACCACCCAGCGUGCGGGAAGAUCUGAAAGCCGUGGAUCGCGCCGUCGAAGCCCACAAGACUGUGUUUGACUUGUUUGUUGCAAAAGUCGACCACGAUAUGGGCACAGUAAAGGCGGCAGUCGACGCCACCAACGCGAGCAUCGUCGCGAUCGAGACGAAACUCGAACAGGACGAACAGGUCCAGGUCCUCACGACCGACGACAUUGUGCACGGAAACCUGCCGCUCUCGCGGUGGUUCGAACAGUACGCCGAAGACAACGACCGUCGCGAGGCAAUUCUCAAAGACACGAGCGACAAAUUUGCCAAGCAGAGCCGGGGCAUCCAUGACAUGAUGAAUGACACGCGCAAGGCGCUGGACGACAACACGACCGCGGUCGAGGACGUGCAGCGCGCGCUCAUUGACAAGGCGGACCGCGUCAAAGUCGACCUCAUCAUUGAGAGCAAGUACGAAGAAAUCAUCGAGCAGCUCCAAAAGGCCAUGACUGCAAUUAGCGACGACGAGGACGAGUUUAAGCGCAACUGCCGCGACCUCCAAGAUUUGGUGCAGAACUUGGCGGCAAGCAAGGCCGACAAAAAGGACCUCCUCGAAGUGAAGGAGCAAGUGCUGUACGAUUCGCGCGUCCGGCAGCAGGUUGAAAACCUCCGCGCUUUCAUUGACCUCAAGAUGAACCGAGAAGAUGUUCUGUCCGCGCUCAAGAACAAAGCCGACAAAGACGAGAUGCAGCUGCUGCUCAAGACGCUGUCCGACAGCAUGUAUGCGGCGGUGUCCAAGUCUGCUGCCCUCAGCCAAGAGCCCGAUUCAGCGUUCCUGACCAAGAAUUCCAUGCACAAGCGGCCGGGAUCCCUGCCAAGCUUGGAGAAGGAUCGAUGUCUUGCAUGCAAUUCAGUUCUCGCACCCGGACACCCUAACAAUAGCGGUCCCCCCAUGGGGUCCACGUACGGCGGCGGCUUUCAAACGGCCGCGCCAGGCUAUGAAAAGGGAAAAGGCACCAUCGGCCCAAAACCCCAGCCCCUUCCCAGUCUCAACUUUGACUCCUACCUCCUCGGCAUGGACGGCCAUGUUUACCAUGGCGACGCAGACAAGCCAGCCGUCGUCCACCACACAUCUUCGUCCGAUCUCCUGUGCUCCAAGAUGCUCAAGGUCGUGUCAUCGCCGAACCAAAACGACAGGAAUGACCGGCCGCGGUCGAGUGGGGGUCGGCCAUCGUAG